GUUCAGCUGCUGGCGCAGAUGUCUCGCGUGUGUCAGGAAUAGAGAAAUCGUGAUAACUAAAUGAUCAUUAAGUGAAAUAAACCGUAUUUGUUGGUGUUUAUUUUCAUUAUUACGUAAACUUUUGAAUGGAAUCUCACAAAGGGGGCCACAGGGAAGCGUUUCGUGAAUACAGAUUCCUCGAGAUAUGAUCAUCAGUACCUGACUUCAUUAACCGCAUACGACAAUGUCCCAUCACCUAGUAACGGUGUGCAUGUUCUGCCUGCUCUGCGCCGCUCACACGUGUGCAUCACACACAGACAGAAACAAUGGCGUCCACGCGUACGAACCGAAGUUAUUGAUACAACAAGAGAAUUUCAAUAUAGAGAGAAGGAAAUUAGAUUCGAAAGCGCGCUACCAGAUGAAGUUACAGAAGAUAAGGCAGAAGCGAGACGUGAGGAGCGUCAACCCUGAUGCUUAUGUGGAACAGCUGUUCAGGCUGUACGGUGACGCUGGCAGCAUGACCAUGAAUCUGACGGGAUUCAACGAGAUGAUCAGGGGGCUGGAGCUGCACAAGCUGGUGGAGGGCGGGGCACAGAGGACCGAGACCAAGGACUACAUCUACGGACAGGCGGCCAAAGAAGACGUAGUCAAUUGCGUGAGCAGCGGAGAACUGAUCACAACCGUGAACACCAGGUUAAAACACGAGGAACAUGAUCACAGAGGUGGUCAUCACGACACAGACAACUUUAUAAACGAGGGCACGUUGAAAGCGAUCUGCCCUAUACUAUUAUACCAAAAACUAGCGAACACCUCCAUAGAGAGGUACGGCUGCGUCAAAGAAUCAUAUCUAUCGAGAACGGAAGCAAGAGACGCGGACCUGAAGGAGAACGCGUACACCAAGAACAUGUACGCGGUCUGGCUGUACUCCUCGCUGAGUAUAACGGCUAUCAGUGCGUGCGGGUUACUCGGGGUGGCUGUCAUCCCUAUCAUGCACAAGACGUACUACAACCAUCUCCUGCAGUUCCUGGUGGCGCUGGCCGUGGGCACGCUCUGUGGCGACGCCCUGCUGCAUCUCAUGCCACACGCCAUGAGCCCCUUGGACCACGAGCACGGACACGCAGCCGUGUCUCACGACGACGGCUUGUGGAAAGGCUUAGCGGCGAUGUUGGGAGUAGUGUUCUUCUAUUUCACCGAGAAGGGACUCACGGUGGUCGUGGAGUGGAGGAAGCGACGACAGAAGCUAGAAGAAGACAAACUACCCUCCCGCGUCAGGGUGUUGAAAGACGAGACAGUCGGCGGCUGUUCCGGUGGGUCCAAGGCGCCCAUCACCAACACAACCUCGAAUUCCCUCAUGAAGAUCUUUAAGAGGGACGAGAAGGGGGAUCCGACCACCAAGACCUGCAAACAUAAAUACUCCGAAUACCCCUACUGUUACGACGAGAUCGACACGGACACGCACGACGACCACCACCUGAGGGACGGCAUCCCGCCCAGCCCCAAAGGCAACCACAACAACUCGGUGAGCGUGGUGUCCUCGAACGCCCUCAACCAGGAAGGGAAAGACAACGAACCAACGGCCAAGGACUGGCUGCUGAAGUCAGAGACACAGGCCGUGGUGGAGAUGAAUAACAUAAAGCACAAGGAAGACGGCGUCAAAGACUUGAAAGACGGGGACAGUUACACCGUCAUACUGAGGGAACACUCUCGCGCCCAUCACGGGCACUCUCACGCCCACGGCCACGUCCACGCGCCGCCUUCCUCCAUGUCCUCGGUGGCCUGGAUGGUGAUCAUGGGCGACGGGCUACACAACUUCACCGACGGGAUGGCCAUUGGCGCCGCCUUCGCGUCCAACAUCGCCGGCGGGUUCUCCACGGCGAUCGCGGUCCUGUGCCACGAGCUGCCGCACGAGCUGGGUGACUUCGCGGUGCUCCUGAAGGCGGGCAUGUCAGUGAAGCGCGCCGUGUGCUACAACGUGCUGUCGUCGGCUCUGUGCCUGGCGGGCAUGGUCGCGGGCGUCCUGGCGGGUCACGCUCCGAGCGCCACCAGGUGGCUGUUCGCGGCCGCCGCGGGGAUGUUCCUGUACAUCGCUCUCGUAGAUAUGAUGCCGGAGCUGAGCACAUCUCACAGCAAGGAGGGCACCCUCUGUCAAUGUUUCCUGCAGCUGAUGGGUCUAGCGACUGGCAUCGGGAUCAUGUUGGUCAUAGCGCUGUACGAGGAGGACUUGAAGACGUUGUUCGGCUGAUGCUAUACAGUGAUGUGAUGUGAUGUGAUGUGAUGUGAUGUGAUGAAACAGAUUAAGUGAUAAGUGUACCUACCAGUGAGGGUGACAGACCUCGGGAUGUGAAUCCAUCAUGUAGUAUGUUGUACCGACCGUUCCCAACAACUCACUUAGAUUUUUCACUCCAACAAACAGUCUGUGUAAUCAAUUGUCAAAUCAUGAGAAGUAAUCCAAACAAUAAUAUUCAGUACAGAUAUCAUUAUUUGUGCAUUUUUACUUUAUUUGUAUGAGAAUGUGACCGGUGGCUUGUGUAUCCUGUCUCAAAGUUACUAUUACUGUAUGUCUUACUUUUAGAUCAUAGUUACUUUAUGCUUAUGUGAACUAUCAAUAGUUAAAUAGGAAUUAUUGUAAUGCUAUAUUAUUGUUUGCGACUCCAUUACUGAGAGUCCACGAGGUACUUAACUUUACUCGAUACACUAACUACAAUAUAAUACUACUUUAAGUUUAUUCUUCAUUAUAUGAAAUAAAUAUAUAACUGUGUUGAUAUUUCAUCAUUUAAAUUAAUUUAAGAGUAACCGACAUCCGCUGUGAUGCUUGUAAUGGACUCGGCAAAUGUAAUUUUCAUGUUAACAAUGGGAUAAUUAAAAUUUCCUGAUGUCCUUUAAUAUGAAGCGAUCCCAUACAUUACAGACAUUGUAUUAAUGUAUCAUUUAUAAGUAAUUAUGUUUUAAUCUCACGACUGGAACGCUUCCUGUGAAGCGGACAUUUUUAUAAUAACUUUUCUAAAUCAACUUAUUUGGACAUAUUGUUUUUUAUUUGUACUUAAAUGUUGUUGUGAGCCGUUCCAAGCUGACUUGCCGCUAUCCGACAGUAUUAAAUAUUGAUAUGUUUGUUUAGUUGUUUACAUUGUAGAGAUCACACGAGUGCACACCUCAUGCACUCGCUGCUGAUCCCGACUCUGUCUGCCAAAUAACCAGCAGUGUGAGAAAUAAAUUAGUUCCUAUGUAUAAUGGAGUGAGGCUAGAUAGAUCAGCACUUUGGAAUUAAUUUUAUAUCAGUUUGUCUCCGAGUACUGUGACAGUGUGUUUACUAAAGAUAUUAAUAGAGCAUUUAAGUGAAAUUACUAUGAACCGUUUCUGUCUCCGGCCGCUUCCUUUAUGUUAAGAGCAAGUUUUAAAGAUACUUUUAGUGUACGAUUAUUUUGGUAGGUGGCGUUGUGGUUGUCGGUUAUGUAUCUGUUAUUGCUGACUCGAUCCUGAAUGAAGUUUUGAUUUUUGCUUUUUUGCCGCCAAUUCUUCUGUCAAUGUCAAUUUUAAUAUGAAUUUACAAUUUUAGAGUUUUUCUUGUCAGCAAUAUAAAAUAUUUGCGGCGCGGGCGAGUUGGUGCUCUAGGAGCAAGUGUGAUAUACGAACGUAUGAUAAAAACUAUAUUGUAAUAUACGGAUUAUUCAUAA